GUAAACUGUUUACUGAUCUCAUAAAACAAAGAAGUGUUGAGAAAAAAUAUAUUGAUUUCUUUUGUUUAUUCUAUCUAAUCAAUUAAGUGUGGACACGGUUCUAUUUACGUACUUCAAGCCUUUAUCUGGUCACUAGACUUAUAAAUACAUGGUUUUCCUUUUAACUAAUCACUCGGCAGAAAAAUGCAACUGUUAAUUGUAUUAGCUCUGGUUUCUGUCACCUUUGGUGCGGGUGUACCAACAUGGAAUACCGCGUAUGGAUACUUGACAAGGUUCGGGAUUCCAGAAGCCGAGAGAAUUCUAAAAGCUGAAGAAUCCAUAAAUGAGUUGGAACAAGUAUCCAGAAUAUCUGGAGGGGUACCAGCUGCACUUGGACAAUAUACUUAUCAGGCUGGCAUCAUAUCUGAGAUAAAAAACACCGAAAGCCGCGGCAUGUGUGGUGGAUCCUUGGUCUCGGCAACAAAAGUCCUUACAGCUGCACAUUGCUGGUAUGAUGGUAAAAACCAGGCCUGGAAAUUGACUGUGGUCCUAGGAUCAGUGUAUCUAUUUAAAGGAGGUAUCCGAAUGGAGACAACAGAUGUUCAAACUCAUCCACAUUGGUCACCGUUAUUGAUCCGUAAUGAUGUAGCUAUCGUAACACUGCCAGAAAAAGUAGUUUUUUCAGGUACGGUGGCUCCGAUCGCUCUGCCGAGUGAAGAACAGGCUAGUGAGACCUUUGUUGGAGCCUUCGCUGUGGCAUCGGGUUAUGGAAUCACUUCCAAUGAUGAAAAAGUGACUACAAACCAAAGUCUUAACCACGUCCGUCUGCGUGUGAUCACAAAAGCUGUAUGCUCCAUGGCUUUCCCCUUUAUCAUCCAGGAGUCACAUCUGUGCACCAGCGGAUUUGGAGGCGUAAGCACUUGCGGUGGAGAUUCUGGUGGCCCUCUCGUUGUCGGUGACGGUGACUCACGAAUCUUGAUCGGAAUAACAUCGUUCGGAUCAUCUUUGGGCUGCCAAUUUGGUCUUCCUGCAGCCUAUACAAGAGUGUCAUCGUUUUUAGAUUUCAUAAAAGAAAGACUCUAAAUGGCGAUACACCAUUUUAUUUGUAAUGAUAAUUAAAUCUGCAAGAAAAGGAUUAAUACGAUGUGAUUUCUAAGUGUAUCAAAAUUCAAUUGUAUAAAAAUAAUAUUACAUUUUAUUCGUAAAUUUGUUU